AUGUCGCCUACGGUGCUCGGAACAGUCACCUCAACUCGUACACAAAAAGUCUUGUUGACGCUUGAAGAGCUUGCGAUCAAAUACGACCUGGAGCUGAUUGACCUCGGCAAGGGACAGCAUCAGAGUUUCGAAUAUGUGAAGCAGCACCAUCCAUUCGCCAAAGUACCUGUUUUCCAGGACGGCGAAGUAGAAAUCUUUGAAUCUAGGGCAAUUGCUCGAUACCUAGUUGCAAGAAACGAUUCCCCACUCGUCCCUGCAGUUGAUGACAUCAAGGCUUUGGUGGCUUUUGAGCAGGCUGCCAGUGUCGAGUAUGCUUAUUUCGAACCUGCUGUUUCAACUCUCGGUUUUGAGCUUAUUUUCAAGAAGUGGAAUUUCGAUAUAUGUGAACUGACUCGGGGUGGAACUAGACUCUUCAAGCUUGGAGAGACCAAUCAAGCAAUUGUUGACCAACAAUUGGCUCUCCUAAAGACAACUCUUGACUACUACAACCAUGUUUUGGACAGGCAACACUAUCUUGCUGGAAAUACUUACACCUUGGUCGACCUGUUCCACGUUCCUUGGAUUGGGUUCCUCAGAGACCGCUUACUGCUCGGUGAGCUUAUUGACUCGAGAAAGAAUGUGGCAGCAUGGGCGGAGCGUAUCAGCCAGCGUGAGGCGUCAAAGGUGGUUGCUGCAAAGGUAGCUCGGCAUUAG